GCGAUGCGGAAGUGUCCUGAACUAUCUUGAACCUUGUUUGACGUGAGCGUUUGCACUUUGUGCUGCCGUUAUUCUGCAGAGAAUAAAACGAACCCGUGCGUUAGUUUGACCUCACAGUGCAGACGGGGGCUUGUGUGUUUGUGGUGCCGGUAUGUCGUCCAGCGGAGAAGCCGUGUUGCGGGCCUUGGAGACGCCGCUGUUUUGGCUCGGUGCUGUGACCGCGGCCUGGCUGUCCGUGUGCUCCGUGUACCGGCUGCUGUCCGGGCUCAGGGUGUGGGCGCUGGGCAACGGACGGCUGGUGUCCCCCAACCAACUGGGGAAAUGGGCAGUUGUGACAGGAGCUACAGACGGCAUUGGGAAAGCGUAUGCAGAGGAGCUGGCUCGCAAAGGCUUUUGCAUCGUGCUGAUCAGCCGCUCUCAGGACAAGCUGGAUGACGUAUCCAAAGCAAUUGCCAGCAAGUGCGGCGUGGAGACCAAAACGAUUUCAGCCGACUUCAGUGCCGUCGAUAUCUACUCUAAGAUUGAAGAUGGACUUGCAGGACUGGAGAUUGGUGUAUUGGUGAACAAUGUUGGAAUAUCCUAUUCUUACCCUGAAUUCUUCCUCAGUGUGCCCAAUCUCGACACUUUCAUCGACACCAUGGUCAACAUUAACAUAAUGUCAGUGUGCCAGAUGACCCGCCUCAUUUUACCGGGAAUGGUGGAGAGGAAGAAGGGGGCCAUCCUCAACGUCUCUUCUGCAAGCGGGAUGUACCCUGUUCCUCUGCUCACUGUCUAUUCUGCCUCCAAGGCAUUUGUGGACUUCUUUUCACGAGGGCUGCAAGCUGAAUACAAAAGCAAAGGGAUCAUCAUUCAGAGUGUUUUGCCAUUUUUUGUUGCGACCAAGCUGAGUAAAAUCCGAAGGCCUACGUUGGACAAGCCCAGUCCAGAGCGCUACGUUGCAGCCGAGCUCAGCACCGUGGGGCUUCAGACCCAGACCAAUGGCUACCUACCCCAUGCUAUAAUGGGUUGGGUGACUACAGCUCUGCUCCCAGCCAAGAUCCUCAACAGCUACGUGAUGGGGAUGGGCUUGUCCCAGCGCGCUCGUUACCUCAAGAAGCAGAAGCAGGGGUAGGCGGCUCAGCGGAGGCCGGGAGCUGCGGCGGCGGCAGACAGAGGGGACCAGCUGCGUUAAUGACUCGUCCGACUACCAUCAUCAUCACCAUGGACCGAGCGGAGAAAGUGUGACAGUUUCUGGGCAACAGUUUCCCUCCCUCUGAUAUUUCCAGUCAUAGAUGAUGUGCGGCCGUAUCUGAGCACAUAACUCAAUCCACACAGUACAAAAUAUUGAUCAAAGUGGUGCUCUUCGCUGAGUAAACAGCUUUAAUGGAUGAUACACUAACACGGAAACUAAAAUCAACUCCCAAAACUAAACGUCUGCAAAUUAACAGUGAAGUUUACAAGAGAAUGAGAAGCUAGAAUUUGUCUACGAGGCCUCUGUAUGUGGAUGUGGGACUAGCUUCACGCUAUUCAAUUAAACACUGGAGGAGGUAUUUACCUACAAAAGCACUUAUCAAGAUUUAUUGUGAAGGGGGGUGGAUUUUCGUCAAGCAUACCGAUAUUAAUAGCUUCCUUAAUUCCCCUUUUUCUAAUUUUCAAAGCGCAGAUUUCCAUUUUUUAUUUUUUUUUUUAUUAAUACUAACACAAAAUGAUUCAAGAACUUGGCUUUAUUUAGCUAGACAUUUCUGUCAUUAAACAGUCUUUUACCUGUAGGGAGAAGCUGUGUAUUAAAUAUUAAAAUGUGUAUUUUGUGUACAUGUUAAAGCGGUUAUGAAAGGAAUGACAAUGAAAAGGCUGUUUCCUUGUGUAUGUGUGACAGUGAGUACCAAAUGUACAAAAACAUUUCUUUGACAUUCUUCCUACCAAAUGUCAUGUUUAUUGUGUUCACAUGGUGUUAGUCUCAUUUCGUUUUUUAAUUCUGGGUUAGUAAAAAAAGAAAAAAGUACUUAUCAUUUCAGUAAUACUAACCGUUUAAGUGCAGCAGUCGAAGAGUAACUUCAGCUUUAAAGCUAGUGCUUUUCUCAAGGGCAGUGGCAUUAUCUUGGAUCCGUAUCAUUCAGAAUAGCCUGGGCAUCGUUGUUGUGUACUGACGAGAGAAAAUGACAUUCCAUUUGUCCUUCCAGCCAUCAAUAAAUAUGCUUUUUGAACUUCGACAA